GAACUUGUGUGGGGAUAUUGUUGGCACACAACCGCUUGCUUCACAUAGUGCAAGAAGAACGUACUUACUGGACACAUAGAUCCCUUUUCAAAGAAUACAAUGAAUAGAUCCUGUGGUCUGCUAAAUUCCCAGAAGGAAGCAGUUCCUCUGAAGAGCAUUGAGGUGGAGCUGGAGGUGAGGGACCAUGUGGCUACAGUGGUCUCCACUCUGAACUACGAAAACAAGGAAGACAAACCAUUAGAGGCUGUUUUUGUCUUCCCUCUGCCUGGAGAUGCUGCUGUCUGUCAUUUCAGUGCUCAGAUUGGACAGACACAGAUUGUAGCUGAGGUGAAGGAGAAACAGAAGGCUUGUGAGGAGUAUGAUGAUGCUCUGAGCUCCGGUCAGCAGGCCUUCCUAUUGGAGGAGAGUGAUCAGAGUCCAGAUAUAUUCUCUCUGCGUGUGGGCAGUCUGCCUCCAGGAGAGAGCGCCUCCAUCAGGUUGGAGUACGUCACUGAGCUGGCUGUGCAGGCUGAUGAUGGUCUGAGGUUCUGUCUGCCUGCUGUGCUCAACCCUCGAUACCAACCUCAGGGUAGUGAAGGUGCAGGUGUCCAGGUGACUUCUGUUCCAGCCUCUCUGGUGCCCUACAGUCUGUCUUUUUCUGCCCGAGUGUCCUCUCCUCGUCCGAUCUCUAAAGUAGAGUCCAACUGUUCCCUGGACCCUCUGCAGUACCUCAACACUGAUCAAACCCAGGCCACGGUCAAGCUGGCUGCAGGACACAAGUUUGACAGAGAUGUUGAACUGCUGAUUUAUUACAAAGACGCCCACCAGCCCACUGCUGUGGUGGAGGCAGGACAGGCCUCUGCUGAGCCGGGCUCUCUGAUGGGUGAACCAGUGGUGAUGGUGAGUCUGUACCCUGAGUUCCCCCAGUCUGUGAUGUCUUCAAAGGCUUCACGUGGAGAGUUUGUGUUCUUAAUGGAUCGAUCUGGAAGUAUGAAUUAUACUCGCAUCCGCAGUGCCAGGGAUACUCUGCUGCUCCUGUUGAAGAGCUUACCAAUGGGCUGCUAUUUCAACAUUUACAGUUUUGGGUCCAGAUAUGAACACAUCUUCUCCACAAGUGUGAAGUACAAGCAGGAGAAUGUGAAGAUCGCUCUGACGAAAAUUGAGCAGAUGGAGGCUGAUCUUGGAGGAACAGAGAUCCUGGAGCCCCUCAAACAUAUUUACAGCCAGCCAUGCAUUCCUAAACAGCCUAGACAGCUGUUUGUCUUUACUGAUGGAGAGGUGGGGAACACCAAAGAAGUGAUAGAUCUGGUGAAGAAGAAUUCAGAUUCUCACAGGUGUUUCUCUUUUGGGAUUGGGGAAGGGGCCAGCUCUGCUCUCAUCAAUGGGAUGGCCAAGGAAGGAGGAGGUCACCCUCAGUUCAUCACAGGGACUGACAGGAUGCAACCAAAAGUGAUGCAGUCGCUGCGAUUUGCUCUGCAGCCGGCUGUGGUCGACAUCUCAGUCACAUGGGAUUUACCAAAGGAAGUGUCCGUCACUGUCCUCUCUCCACCAAUCACAACACUUUUCCAGGGUCAGAGGUCACUGAUUUAUGCCCAGCUCACUGGACAGAGCUCAGAGGCAGCAGAGGGCUGUGUGAUGCUGAAGUACAGCCUGGCAGGUCAUCGCUCUAAGAAGAAGCUACACUUCAGUCUCAGACCUGCAGAGGACACUGGAUUAACAGUCCACAGGUUGGGUGCUCGGACUCUGAUUCGCUCCCUGGAGAUGGAGGAUAGAGAGCUCAGAGGACAACAAGAUGGAGGAGUGAAGGAGAAGGUGGUACAGCUCAGUGUCCAAUCAGGAGUGAGCAGUUGUUUCACUGCUUUCAUUGCUGUCAACAGAGAUAACGGCAGGGUGAUUCAAGGACCCAUGAAGCACAAAAAUAUUCCAACACCCAUGACAUCGGCUAUUAGACCAGCAUUGUGUGGACAUGCUGGGGGAACAGCGGGUAUGUGGCUGAGGCUGACAUGUCUCAAGGGGUACGUGGCUGGAAAAAGUUUGGGAACCACUGAUCUAGAGGAGGACAUGUACUAUAACUGUUUAGAUGAGAUGGACUAUGGUGCGUGCAAUAACUCUUUUGGCUCUCUAGUGUCCGACAUGUGGGAUGACUCCAUGGAAGAUUUAGAGGGCGACAUGUGCUAUGACUGUUUAGAUGAGGAGUACAUAAACUAUGUUUCUUCCCCUACAAGUAUCCAAGAGGCAUCUACUGUGCCACAACAAUCUGAUGGUACCCAAGAGGCAUGUACUGUGACACAACAAUCUGAUAGUACCCAAGAGGCAUCUACUGUGACACAACAAUCUGAGAGUACCCAAGAGGCAUCUACUGUAACACAACAAUCUGAGAGUACCCAAGAGGCAUCUACUGUGACACAACAAUCUGAGAGUACCCAAGAGGCAUCUACUGUAACACAACAAUCUGAGAGUACCCAAGAGGCAUCUACUGUAACACAACAAUCUGAGAGUACCCAAGAGGCAUCUACUGUAACACAACAAUCUGAGAGUACCCAAGAGGCAUCUACUGUAACACAACAAUCUGAGAGUACCCAAGAGGCAUCUACUGUGACACAACAAUCUGAGAGUACCCAAGAGGCAUCUACUGUAACACAACAAUCUGAGAGUACCCAAGAGGCAUCUACUGUAACACAACAAUCUGAGAAUUGUAGCUACAAACCUGCCAAAAAUGUUGACAACAUCACAAGAGUGUUCUCUCAAAUGAAGAAGAAACUAGUUAAGUUCUGGAAAUCUCGUGAAAUGCCUUUGGAGGCUGAUGAUGCAGCUCCAAAAUCUGUUCCCAAGAAUAAUAUGCAUUCUUCUGUGCCCGAGCAGCCACCCAGAGACCCUUUGCUGCACUUAGUCUCACUCCAGGAGGCGUCUGGCUGCUGGCUGCUUGAUCCAGCUCUGGCUGCUGCACUGGGAAAGACUUGUGAGAAGUUGGAAAAAUCAAAGCCUGCACUGGUCACUAAGGAAGUUUGGGCCACCAUUCUGGCUCUGAUCUGGCUUCAUGGUUUCAAAAUGGAUGCAAAGGACGAGUGGGAGCUUCUUGCUAUGAAGGCUGCCUCAUGGAUCCGUGCUCAGAAUGCACCUCGUGUGACAAAGUGUGUGGAAGCUGGAAAUGUACUGUUGGGAUGCAGUGUGAAGAAAGAAGCUGUGGGGCUGUGAAGAGUUUCUUAAAGUCAUUUGCUUUUGGGAUUGGCUUACAAGCAGUUCUGCUCCCCAGUGCUGUGCUAUACAUCUACCCUGUCAUAAUUGAAUACUGUUAAUAUUUUAUUUUUGUUUGUUUUGUGCUAAUUUUGAAGAAUUUAGUAUUUUAAUAUAUUGUCUACCAAAGCACUUUGUGAACAACUUUUAAAUGUGCCAUAUGUGGAUUUUUGAAAUACUGUAAACUGCAGUGCACUGGAUUUUAAGCUUGAAAGAUGAAAACUAAAAAACUAACAGAACAAA